AGCCGGGCUGAACCGCGGCCGCGCAGGGCAGGUCUAAGGGGCAGAGAGCGGCGCUCGGCCGGGGACCGCUGAGCUGGGCCAUUGUCUCCGACCAUGCGAAGCGCCCUGUGAGCCGAGCUGCUGCGGCCGCUGCUGGGAUGAGCGCCUCGGCUGCCACCGGGGUCUUCGUCCUGUCCCUCACCGCCAUCCCCGUCACUUACCUCUUCAACUUCUUAGCCGCCAGCAGCAGUUCCUGGGCAAUUGUAGCAGUUGGAUUCCUGAUUCUGAUUUUCGUUGCUCUAGUAGCCCGUACUCUGGUCAAAAGAAAACCUCCAAAAGACCCACUUUUUUAUGUUUAUGCCGUAUUCGCUUUUACCAGUGUAGUGAACCUUAUAAUAGGACUUGAACAGGAUGGAAUUAUUGAUGGAUUCAUGACCUACUACUUGAAAGAGGGCGAACCUCAUCUGAACACUGCUUAUGGCCAUGUGAUCUGCUAUUGGGAUGGCUCUGUGCAUUAUCUGAUGUAUCUCUUAAUGGUGGCAGCUAUUUCCUGGGAAGAAAGUUACAGAACCAUUGGCCUAUACUGGUUAGGAUCCAUUGUCAUGAGCAUUAUUGUCUUUAUGCCUGGAACUAUUGUGGGUAAAUAUGGAGCAAGAAUGUGUCCUGCUUCUUUCUUAAAUGUACCAUAUAUUUGUCUUCCUAUAUGGGCUGGGUUCAGAAUCUAUAAUCAUCCUUCAGUGACUUACAAUACUCCCGUCAAGAUUGCUUUGGAUUGCCCUGCUGAACUCUGCCGGUUAUAUAUUCAACUUCACGAGCCCUAUAUCAAGGAUCCUGCUGCUUAUCCUAAACUUCAGAUGCUGAUAUACAUGUUCUACUCUGUGCCUUAUUAUACGAUCGCACUGUAUGGACUAUUGGUGCCUGGUUGUUCUUGGAUGCCUGACUUAACCCUUAUACAUGCUGGAGGACUAGCCCAGGCUCAGUUUUCCCAUAUUGGUGCUUCUCUUCAUGCUCGAACGCCUUACAUCUACAGAGUCCCUGAAGAGGCAAAAUUCUAUUUUCUAGUACUGAACAUAGUGUAUGGAAUCCUUCCCCAAUUGCUGGCUUAUAGGUGUGUCAACAAACCAGAGUUUUUUAUGAAAGCAAAAGAAGAAGAAAAAGCUCAAUAGAAAGAUUGCUUCCACCUCUUCUUUUUUGCUAUGUAUAUAAUUGGUUUUUGAGGUAACUGGGCUCUCUUAUAGACUCCAAAUGACAUGUGGUUUAUCAAAAAUGUGUAAGAUUGCCCAGUCCGCUUUGUGUAUCAUUACUGUAAAGAGAGAAAAUAAAGGCAACUUCAGUUAACACUU